AUGCCCUCGAUCCCGUUCCUGGGCGCUCUGUUUGGGUCUUCCGCUUCGCAGCAGGAUAAGAUGUCGUAUCCCGAUAAGAGGUCUGAUGAUGAGUGGCGGGCUGUUUUGAAUAAGGAACAAUUCCGCAUCCUCCGCGAAAAGGGCACCGAACCCUCCGGCUCCGGCAAAUUCGACAAGCACUACCCGGCCGAGGGCGUCUACGCUUGCGCCGGGUGCGAAGCACCCCUCUACAAAGCCACGCACAAGUUCAAGUCGGGCUGCGGCUGGCCGGCCUACUUUGACUCCUUGCCCGGCGCAGUCGUCCGCCACGAGGACCGCAUGUUCGGCAUGACGCGCACCGAGAUUGUGUGCGCCAACUGUGGUGGGCAUUUGGGUCACGUCUUCAAGGGGGAAGGGUUUGAUACGCCGACGGAUGAGAGGCAUUGUGUUAACAGUGUGAGUUUGACGUUUGCGCCGGAUGAGAAGAAGGGUGGGGAGGGGAGUGUGGAGGGAGCGAAGGGGGAGAGUAAAGUUUAG